GCCGCUGGCUGUCACUUCGGCAAGGCGGAGGUCUUCGACAUCUCCUCCGACUCGGAAGAGGUGCAGGCGCCCUUCGGCACCGAGUCGGAGAUCGCGGAGGCCGAGGGCGCAACGGAGGGCAUGGAGAUGGCGAAGGAUCCGAUGAUGAAGAGCUCUGUCGAGCAGCUCAAGCAGCAGGAGAAGUUCGACGACAUCAGCGAGCAACCGUUCCUGGUGCUGAUCCAGCGCGGCACGGAUCUGAUGGGCAGCACCGCAAAGACGGAGCGCAGCGACUGGAUGCAGCAAGCGACGGCCCUCCUGAAAGGCGGCUAG